GGCGCAGGAUAACAAUAAGGAAGAAAGACUUGUGGCCCUGACUAAGUCACCCAACAAUAGAAAUGGCUGAGAAAGCAGAGUCAACAUCACCACACCUCAUGGUUCCCAUUCUUCUCCUGGUUGGAUGGAUUGUAGGCUGCAUCAUAGUUAUUUACCUUGUCUUCUUCUAGAAAAGGAAGAAGACUUCAAUCUGACACCAUUUAGAAGAAUAAAAAAACAGGAAUAUAACUCAUUAUUAAAGGUGUCUUGUAUUAAAUAGCUG